AUGGAAGAAACGGUCGGGAUCAAGCGGCCGCUCGAAGCCACACCAGUGGAUAUUGGCGUCGAACCAGCGCCUAAAUUGUCAAAGAAGCAGCGGCGGCAGCUCAAGCAGUCGCCAGCCCAGAGACUCGAGUAUCACUUCCGAAGUCAAGUGGAGACAUGCGCCCAGCAGAACGACGCGGCCCGAGUGCUGACAGUGUACGAGCAGAUGAAGAGCGAGGGAGUGGGUGUGGCUGCGUACAUCUACAACGUGAUCAUCAACUUGUGCAGUAAGGCCGAAGACGAUAUCGCGAGCUGCAAAGCGGGAGCUUGUAAGGUGUUUGAAGAGAUGAAACGCGCUAGUGGCGCUGCAGAGCCGACGACGACGACGACGAAGAAGAAGAAGAAGGCUGUGGCCAUUGGCGAACCCGUUUACAGUGCCAUGAUCAAGCUCUGCAGCAAAGCGAGCGACUUUGAGGCGUGUGAAGCGUUUGUUGCCGAGAUGGAAGCAGCAAAAGUGGUGCCCAAGCUGCGCACGUUUGGUCCAUUGCUGCGGGCUUACAGCGACGCUGGCGACCUGGAGAAGUGCACGUGGGUGCAUGAGAAGCUGCGCUUGCAUGAUCUCGAGCCGACGGAAGACGACCAUGUGGCACUGCUGCGCGUUUGUGUGAAGACGAGCCACGCGGAGCACUUUUACGCGUUCCUCGGUCGAUUUGUGGACGAGAUUUGGCAGCCGAGCCUGUCGACGUGGGACGUGUUGAAAGACUGGUUCAGCAGUGAGGCGGCGCAGGUGGAUGGUCGCAAGUGGACAAUCACCGAGGGCGCAGUGAGCAAGCAGGGCGUGUGCUCUGUGACCAACAACCAGCUGCAGUCGCUCGAGCUAUCACCUGAGCUCGAAGAGGCGCUGCUUGUCAAGAUUGAAAAGCUCGUGCGCACGGAUGAGAAGCGCAUAGCGCAAUGGGACGACUUCAAGCAGUGGCUGGAGAAGUGUGGUCCGUUUGAUGUGAUCAUUGACGCCGCCAACGUCGGUUAUUGCAACCAGAACUUUCAGGGCGGCGGCUUUGACUACCGACAAAUCAAGCUCAUGGUGCAGCACUACGAGGCCAAGGGCAAGAAGGUGCUCAUUGUGCUGCACGCGCGUCGCAUCUCAGACGAACAGGUGCCGGUCGAACACCGGGCGCAGAUUGUCCAGUGGAGCGCAAGCCGCAAGAUGUACAACUGCCAACCAGGCAACAACGACGACUGGUACUGGCUCUACGCGGCGGUCAAGCUCGGUAGACGUACGCUGUUGGUGACGAACGACGAGAUGCGCGACCACCACUUUCAGAUGAUCCACAACCGCGCGUUCGGUCGCUGGAAGGAGCGGCACCAAGUUCGCUACCAAGUGCACGGGCGCCGGGUGACGGUGAACGAGCCGUUGCCGUACUCGGAACGACCGCAGCGCGUCGGCGACGUUUGGCAUUUCCCAGCGCGUGAUGGCAUGACUCAAGACGUAUCAGGCAGCGAUCGACGCUGGUUGUGUGUCGCAUUGCAGCAGACCGCAUAG